UGGAGAGUUGUGUCGUGGAAAUACAAACUAAGAACUUAAAGCUGCAAACUUUGAUACACGAGACUGGUAGUGGUCCUAUAGUUAAUUUUUUUAGCAUUAGAAAGAAGGUAAGCGAUUUUGACGUGCCUUUUAAAAAAAAAACUUAAAAAAUAAGUCACGGCAAAUAUGUAACGAUUAUAAAUCAGGUACGAUACGAAGUAAUAGUUACUGAUUUAUAAAAAGACAUGACAAAAUAAUGUUUACCUUUUUACAAGCUUUUAUUUACUUUCACCUGACCGUUGUCUGUUUGUAAUCAAAUCUUGCAAGUUAAAUUUGAUCCACUUCCCGGUUUCCGAUUGAGCUGAAAAUUUGCAUACAUAUGUAAGUCGAUUGCAUACAAUGCAAUAUUAUGGUACCAUCGAGCUGAUCUGAUGAUGGAGACAAGAGGUGGACAUAGGAACUCUGUGAUAAAACAACGCAACCUAAUUGUGUUUGCGGUUUUUAGAAUUUGCUCGAUGAGUAUUAGUUGCCUGUGGAAAGAAAAGUACAGUCAGCGAUAAAAGCUUGUACAUAAAAAUGAUUUUUUUGCCAAAAACUUAUAUUAUUCGAAUGUUAACACAAAACCGAACUUUAACACUCUUAACUGAUGAAAAGGCGAUCUCGCUCGGUCGUCCUCUAGUCCCCUUUCGUCUUGAUGAAGUACAUACUCGUAGUAUUUAUUGAAGGUACUGUAAUAGGUUUUUAAAUCAGUUCGGUUUACUUUUCUAUGCUGUUCUAAUAGUUUAUUUAUGAUCAAACGUGGUAAUAAAAUUUGUGUCCGUAUUUUAUGAAGUCCCAAGGUUAUUUAGUCACGAUUUUAGAUUAAGAGGCUCCAGUGUAAUGCGGUGCACUUGUAGUAUAAAAUGUAAUACUUGCAUACGUUACAUGAAUACCAACACCAUCAACGUCUGCACGUGUAGUGUUACUUCAGUGUUGCAGUCAUAAUACAAUGUGCGAUAAAGUUAAAGUUCAAGAGUUGGAUUCUGCAACUCAGGAGCUGAUAAAGAGUGUGUACAAAGGCCAAACGUAUGCUCGUUUCGGCGAUACCGGUUAUCUGUUGCCUGCGAGCUACAAAGAUGAUGCCGACCAGAACAGACACAUGACGGUUCGGCCUGAUGACGUAUGGUUGGCCUCGUAUCCUCGAUCAGGAACACAUUGGACAUUAGAAUUGAUUUGGCUUCUCAUGAAUGACAUCGAUUUCGACGCAUCUUUAAAGACUCCGUUACACAAAAAGGGAGUGAAUCUCGAGAGUAAACAUUCGCCUAGCAGAGAAUACUUACAACGUAUAGCUGUAUUUUAUGAGGAAUCUAUCAACGGGCCUUCUCCGCGGCUGAUCUACACUCACAUCCCCUUCUCUCUGCUGCCUCCGCACUUACUGGAUACAGCCAAAGUGGUGUACAUCGCACGAGACCCGAGGGACGUCGCUGUGUCAUACUACCAUUUGCACCGACUCCUGUAUAUAUAUUCGAGUGAUUUCAAAACUUUUUGGAAUCUUUUCCUAAAUAAUUUUCUUCGUUUCACCCCGUACUUCCCGCACGUGAAAGAGGCCUGGGCGCUCCGCCACCACCCGAAUAUGUUGUUUAUUUUUUAUGAAGACAUGAAAAAGGAUUUGCCCUCGUGUAUAAGACGGCUAGCAGACUUCCUCAGUAAAGAAGUAACGGAUGAACAAAUGGUGAAACUUUGCGAGCACUUGGACAUUGAGAACUUCAGGAAAAAUGAGUCUAUUAAUCCGCAGUGGGUCAACAACAUUAACAAUGCUGCCGAGGGCUUCGUGAGAAAGGGUAUAUCGGGCGGGUGGCGUGAGUACUUCGACGAAGACAUGGCGACGCAGGCGCAGCGCUGGGUGGACGACAACCUCGCCGGCUCCGACCUGCGCUUCCCUGCCCACACGGUCUAGUCGCCGGCUGCCUGUCCACUGAGGCGGAGCGGAGCGGAGGUGUGGGGAAUCAACCAACACUUUACCCACUUAGAUAUAUGUCACCUACCUGAGGCUAAUAUACACCGUGUUUUUUUUUA